AUAUUAAGCGGUACCCGGAAGGUAUUUGAUGUUACUCCCGUUGUAGCUAGCAGAACUACUUUCAUUGCUGUAUGCGUUCCUUUGUGGGGGAAUAUUAUCGAUAAAAAAAUAUUUCCCUUUACAUAAACGUCUUGGACAUGGCGGGAAACUUCUGGCAGAGUUCUCAUUAUCUGCAGUGGGUUCUGGAUAAACAGGACCUGAUGAAAGAGCGCCAGAAGGACCUGAAGUUCCUCUCCGAAGAGGAGUAUUGGAAGCUGCAGAUCUUUUUCGCAAACGUGAUCCAGGCUCUGGGUGAGCACCUGAAGCUAAGACAGCAGGUCAUUGCUACUGCCACAGUGUACUUUAAACGUUUCUAUGCCAGGUAUUCUCUUAAAAGUAUAGAUCCUGUGCUCAUGGCUCCCACCUGUGUUUUCCUGGCCUCUAAAGUUGAAGAAUUUGGAGUUGUGUCCAACACCAGGCUGAUUUCUGCUGCGACGUCUGUGUUGAAAACGAGAUUUUCCUACGCCUUUCCAAAGGAGUUUCCCUACAGAAUGAAUCAUAUAUUGGAGUGUGAGUUCUACCUUUUGGAGUUGAUGGACUGCUGCCUGAUUGUGUACCACCCCUACAGACCUUUGCUGCAGUACGUGCAGGACAUGGGACAGGAGGACAUGCUGCUGCCUCUGGCCUGGCGAAUAGUGAAUGAUACUUACAGGACAGAUCUGUGCCUGCUCUACCCUCCCUUCAUGAUCGCCCUGGCCUGUCUUCAUGUUGCCUGCGUUGUGCAGCAAAAAGAUGCCAGGCAGUGGUUUGCUGAGCUCUCAGUGGACAUGGACAAAAUUCUGGAGAUCAUCCGUGUCAUCCUGAAGCUCUAUGAACAGUGGAAAAAUUUUGAUGAUCGGAAAGAGAUAGCUGCCGUUCUAAACAAGAUGCCCAAACCCAAACCACCUCCAAACAGUGAGAGUGAUCAGAGCUCCAAUGGGAACCAAAGCAACUCUUACAGCCAGUCUUAGCGUCCUGUCUGCGUUUCCAUGUGAAUCCGUGAUGUUAAACUUUGGGAGGGGUUGAACGUUUCCAAACAAACACUGCACAAUCAUAUAGAGACUGAUCAUCAUAAAUGGAGGUGUGUCUCAGCCUCUCCUUCUCUGAUUAUUAUGGAUUCAUGGACUGAACAGGCAGUGAUUAAGAAAUCUCCAGUGAGCAGCCAACCUUCUCCAUUAGGCCAACCCCUCCGAUAUGAAUAAGGCUGAACAGUGGCGCAGGAAGCUGACCAGGGGAACAGAUGUGAUCGCUCGGUAAAAACUCGUCACUGUGAUGAUCCUGACAUCCUUGAACCACCCUGAGGAGUCAUUCCACUCGGAGCUUCGUGGGAUUGCAGUAAAUCUUGAUCACAAGUGCCGUGGUUUAUCUGUGUGGAUAGCAGGAUGGGUGGGGUUUCAUUCCUCAGGGACCUCUGCUCUCUGAAUGCAUUUAUAUUGAGGUAUUCCGCUCUGGAGACGUGAGACUCUUAAUUUAUGAAAAGUCUUCAGCCUGAUCAAACUGUACUGAAAGUGAAAGGCUCACCUUUAAAGUGGAAAUUAGUUCUGUGAAAGCAAGUUACUGUUUUACUGUGUCCCGAUCCCUUCUCUUUUGUGAAUAGCUUUAUAAUUUAGAUUUUUUUUGCUUUCUUAAAGGUCGUUCUGACUUUUCUUAGCUUCAUUCUUGUGCUAAAAUUCAGCUGUUUUAUAGGAUAUAUCUUUUGGAAUUUUCAUUGGUGUUUGGCUUCUGUUCAGAAACUUUAAAAUAAUUUCUUGAUAACAGUCUGGAGUAAAUGCUAACCUAAACUAGCUCUAUCAGUCAUUUACUUUCUAUCUGCCCUCUGCCGGCCUAUGAAACACCAAACUGCUCUGACAUGUCUGUGCAAUUACCUGCAGAUGUCUGUCAAUGUGAUUCAGUGAAAAGUGUGUUUGAUUGGGCAUUAUUAAAAGCACACACAUUCAGGUAACAUGUGAAAUAUGUCUAUAGUAUUAAUAAAUUACUGGCUUUCA